AUGCAUACCCGAGAUGAGCCUGGUAUUAACCUUGAUACAGUGUGCAACCUUGAAAACACAUUCACAUUUGAGCCACCACUUGCAAUCCAAAACAACAACUCAGAUGACCUGCUUACUGGCCUGGAAGACAUUUCAGUUGAUGAGAUUAAUGCAGAGUUUGAUGCACUCGAGAAGCAGAAUGUUGUUGAGAGAUUCAAAGAUGUUGAUAUUGAUGGACUCAAGAUAUUGGAAGGUAAUGUGUAUAACUUUGACAAGCUAGCACAAGUUGAGGCUGGUAUGGUGCCAAAAUCCAUCAAUGAGGAGUUCUCAGUGAUUAAUCAUGGUGUUACAAUACACCCUGCCCUGCUGUUUUACCUGGAACAUCCUUUGCUCAAGACCUCCAAUCUUAAGUCGUCUGAACAGUACUUUAAGUCGGAGGCACUCCCUCUGUCUUAG